UUUUAUCCUUUCUUUUUCUCUUUCUCUGUUUCUUUUCCUUGAGUUUCCUUAGUUAAUUUUCAUGGCUUUUCCCAUUUGGGAAUCACAACAAUUGGUAUCAGAGCCAACGUUUCUCUGCCCCAAUUCCACAGCGAUGCUCCACCACUUUUAUUGUCAUUCACCGCGAAGCUUAGCUACUGCAUCCAUUCCCGAGGUCUAUAUCCAUGGUUUACCAAUUCCAUAUGACGUUCAAACAAGCAGUAGGGAGCAGCAGAUUCCGUCAGAUCUGUAUGCACAUAGAGGCUUCAUUAACCCACAUGCAACAGAUGUGGAAGGGAGUGGGUUCCAUGCCGGCCGAGCAAAUAAUGCUUCAAUUAACCCAGUUGAUGCAUAUGCACAUGGAGAACUCAGCUCGUACAUACCGGGUCACAAUUAUGAAUUUACCACAAACACAAUUGUUGGUGGCCAGCUUAUCGAUAUCAUUCCGCAACGAGAGAAUCUGUAUUCGACAACCACAAACUCGAUUACAGGGCAGAGUUUGAAGAGGCUCAGAUUUCGUGAUCACCAUGUGUUUGCACCUGCAAAUCUCUUUUCACAUGCCAUUUGGGAUACUGUUAAGCUGAGACUUUUGCUUGAACCGAGUCCUUCUAUAGGGGAACUUGGGAUAUCAUUGACAGAUGGGGAUCAACAUACACUCAAAGAAUCUUUUGAUGGGAUUAAGAAGGUGUUUGUUGGACGGCAGAUUAUUGAGGAUAACGCUGAAAGUUUAAACGAGAAAAUGUCUUAUUUCUGGUGUAAACUGAAGGAGGUAGUUGGCAAAACUGAUGGUCAAGAUGACCAGAAGGUAGUUGGUAUUGCUAUUAAGGUAACUGACUUGUAUUGUCGCAACAUUAGUUUCAUUAGCACUUCAUCCAGUUAUUUGAAAGAUGACAAUGGUGUUGCAACUCUAUUGAUUUAUAGUCCUCAAAAGAAAAUUAAUGAAACAAUGAUGGUCUUUGAUCUCAGAUAUGACACUUACAGUGAACUUUUUCAUCAGUUCAACGAUGGUGAUUUCGCGUGGCUCUCUACCUUUUAUGUUAUCUAUAUUGAUUGUGAUGAGUUUGAGAUGGUGCUUGAGUCGCUAGCGAUUCUGAUUAUAUUUCAAGAUGGACAUGUCAGGAUGUGUGUAAUCGAAAAGGAGAAUAGCUAUGGUGUUGUGGUGAGUAGUAUACUUCUUAAUUGCGAUGGUGCAGUGUUAAAGUUGAAGAGAGUGGGAAAAUUGGCAAGUUUGUUUAAAUUUUCAAGGAUUAUUCAGAAUGGAUUGAAUGGUGCAGCUAGUCUCCUAUGCCAAUUUGCAAAGUUGCAAUGGUCCAACAAUAAUACAAUAGUGCAAGGUGUGUUUGUAAUGAUACAAAGUGCACGACAACCUUAAAUGAGAUUGAAAUACAGCUUCUACCUAUUUCUUUGCUGCUGGUUAUUGCAUUGUCCACUGAGAGUAGCAGUGCAGUUGUCUGGGUAUUUACUGCUCAUAUUCAUCAUAGAAGUGAGCAGCAGAUAACAUUGUUGGAAGAAGCUAAUACUGAUGCUAUUCAAUAUGGUUUUCCUUGCAAAGAUAUUGGUAAAACGCUAGUGAACGCUAGCUCCUUAGCAGUGGUCUGUUGUGCAGAAGUAAACCAUAGGUUUGUUACUUCCUUGACUAAUGAAUUCGAACAAAAAUUGGAGACGACAAUUUUGUUUUUUGAUCCUGGAGGUGGUACUUUGGAUUGGUCACUUUAUGCGGUAUUUGAGAUGUUUUGUAUUGUUUUUAGUACCAAUCUUAGGGUUGGGUGUGCUCAAAAGCUACAUGAGACCAAAUAUGUUGCACUUAUCUCCACUUCAACUAUAUAUCUCAGUGGUGAAGUUUAUGUAGCUACCACCUAUGUGUUAGGCAAGAAAGCUGGUGAGAGGAAUAUUUUCAUCUUUGAUCCUGGAGGGAGAACAACUUAUGCGGUGUUCUAGUUGAAGAUGCCGUAAUCAUACUUAGAUGUAUGGAAUUUCCUCUUUGGUUACACUGCAGACAGAAGCCCACCGGUUUGCUGCAUUUCAGUCACAAGCUCGCAGUUUUCAUGAGCACCAUUUCUAGUUUUUCAUUUCAACCUUGAGGUCAAGGUUCUUUUAAAAGGGGGAUGGAAUGUUGUGAAUGGGGUAAUUGGGAACUUUUUUUAUUUACAUAUUAGUCCCUGAGGUAAUAACAUUUCUAUUGUAGUCCUUAGCUUUCCUUUAUAUUCUGUAACAAGGCUUUGU